CUAACAAAUAAAUGCAAAUGCAAUUUGAAAGUGGAAGGGCAGCUGAAAAGUGAAAAUGGAAGUCCAGUGCUGAAGGGUUGAGAGAAGAAAGGCUUGGAAAUGGCAAUCUCGUUAAUUUUGGUUCCCACCAUUUUUACAGCUCUCUUCUGCGCCCUCCACUCCAACGCUGUCCUCGGAGACUCUCAGACGCCGAUCCACAUCUCUCUCCGUACCCAACUGCAAGAUGCCAAGCUCAAACUCUCCCGUUUAGAAUCCACAUUGGAGGAAUACGACGACAGUUUAAAUGCUAAAUGCCAAUACAUAGAGGGAAUCGAGAAGAAACUUGAAGAAAUUAGCUUUGACAUCGACCGCCUAAAAACUGCUUUGUCAAGCUUUAAGGACCAAGAAUCAAAUGAGAAUCAAAGGCUUACUCUUCUAGAAGAGGAGGUUCAAUUGCUCUGGGCUACAUCAAGAGAGAACAACUUUGAAAUUCAUAAACUAACACUCGAUGCACAAGAAUCUGAGGAAAGGUUAAAAGAUGUUGCUUCCAAAGUUGAGAAGGCAGCUGCAAUUGUAAAUGAACAGUGGAUUCAAGUACAGCAACUUGAGCAGGCUGCUCAAUUGGCAGAGAUUAGAGUAUUGAAGGUGAAAUCACAACUAAGAUAUGGCAGAUGUCCAUUUGUGAAGUCUAUCAAAAAUCUUUCCAGCCACCAUAUUGAGAUGUUGAAGGGUCUUCUGAGGUCCAACAGUACGUCUGACCAGAAUUCCUACAUGUCAAAAGCUUUGCAUCAGUUCGAAAAAACCUUUGCAGCCAUAAAACUUCAUCAUCAUCAGUUGCAAGGCUUUCUGAAGCAGGCUGUGGAACAGUAUGAUUUCCCGACAGUGCUUGCUAAUGAUGAAUUAGUAUUCUUGGUGGCUUCAGCUCUAGUAGUGUUUCCAGUAUUAGGCGCUUUGACCUUUCUCAUAUCACACUUGAACUAGCUGCACAUUGGCAAAUUUUCCCGAGGCGAAGAUGCAGUGUACUGGUAUUCCCAUUUGAAUGCUUAACGAACGAAGCUUUGAUGGUCGUCGAGGGUAUACCAAACUGCAAAGCAUUUGAAGACAAGUGCAUUGUGGAUUGAAUCAGCAGAUGGUGCCACUGGUUAUAUGAUCCCUGCAAAGCUGAAGUUGAACAUAAAGGUUUGGUUCGAUUAAACAAUGCCCAACUCUUCUAGCUUCUUGCCUAUUGCUUAUAUUCUUUUUCUUCUCACUAUGAUGUUACAGUA